AUGAUGCUUUUGGCCUUGUUUCUACAGGUCGGCAGCAGCCUGGGCCAGACGAUGCAGGAGAGGAGCUACGAACAUUUCGGUCUCCUGAACGAGCUGCGGGCUGCGGGCUUCACUUGUCCCGGAGGCAACUCGUAUGCCCCAAACGACGUGCCUCUGAAGUUCGACUGUCGCUUGUGGAAGGCGGCCCAACUUCACUCCCAGGACAUGGCUGACAACGGCUAUUUCUCCCACACGAGCCAAGAUGGGCGAAGUCCUUGGGAUCGAGCCGAAGCCCAAGGCAUCAGUGCCAACGGCGAGAACAUUGCUGCAGGGCGCAGUGGUGCUGCCAAUGUCUUGGACCAAUGGAAGAACUCGGAUGGGCACUGCAAAAACAUGAUGAAUCCGAGCUUCCUCGUUUUCGCGGUAGGCUAUGCGUACAACGCAGACGCAAGAUACCGACACUAUUGGACCCAAAUGUUCAAAAGAUCAGACGUCUCUGAUCUCGACACCUCAUGCUACAUUCCCGAGGCCACCACGACUCCCACCACACCUGGACCUACCACCACCACCAGCACCACCACCAGCACCACCACCAGCACCACCACCACUGCUGCCAGCACCACCAGCGCCACCAGCACCACCGCUGCCUCGGCCACAAGUGCCACUGCAACGGAAACCAGCGCAGCGCCAGCAAAUGGAAAUGCUACUACAACAGGGGGCACUACAAGCUCCACUGACACAGGGUCGAAUGCGACGGAUAUGCCGGAAACAUCAUCCACAUAUGACAUGGAACUGACGACUGCCGCAGCAAUCAAUGCAAGCGUCACCGUAUCGACGUCCACAACAGCAAGCCAGGUCGAGACAUCAGGCACGGGCCCUUCAGGCUCGGAGCUCCCAUCAGUCACAACAGCCGAAUAUGCAGCCAACCAGCACAGCUUGCUGAAGGGUCAGAUCGUCGUGCGCACCUCCCAGUCAGCUGCCUUCGCCGUUUCUCCGGAGCUUCGCGAAGUACUGCGAGUCUUUAUCCAGCGCUUGGGCGGCGGGCUGGUGCAGGCUGUCUUCUUCACAGCCCGACGACUGCGACGCUUGCAGGGUGCAGAUGUGACCAUCUCCUUCACAGCAGAGGUUUCUGCUGGGCGCGCGGCCGAGGCGGCCGCAAAGCUCCAGGUGGCUCCGGACGUGAGCCAAGCUGCCCUUGUGGCAGCUGCCGCAGAGGUGGGCGUCCAGGAAGCGAUCGAGGUACAGUCCGUGGAGGUCACCGAGGUCUUGGAGGCCGAAAUCCCGGAUCCAGAGCCUGCGACGGCCGCGGGCUGGCUCGCUGCACUCAUUGCAGGUGUUGUGCUGAUCGUUGCAAGCGUCCUGGGCGCAUGGUGCUGGUGCAAUCGCCGAAGACACGGGAAAUCCACUGCAAGCCAAGGCCCUUCAGAUCCGGGAGCGCAGGCGCCUCCGAUGAGCCUUCCUGACUUCCCGGGAGGACCACAAGAUCUGCACAAAUCGCGGUCCAGCAACAUGAUAAUAUCGCAGCUCUGA